UAACUUCAUGUUGAUGUUAAGUGGCGCGUGGGUCAACCAUCUUUAAUAUUGUUCCUAACCUAAUUCUUAUGCGCGCAUGUUCUAAGGUUAAAUUGAAAUAAUCUUUUUAAUAAUUAAGUUUUUUUUAAGUGAAGUGACUUCGGAUAAUCACCAAAAUGUUGGUGCUUUUCGAAACGGCGGCAGGAUACGCCAUUUUUAAGAUGCUCGAUGAAAAUAAGUUAAAAGAAACUGAUAAUUUGUAUUUGGAGUUCCAAUCGCCGGAAGCAGCAAAUAAAAUUUUAAAAUUAAAACACUUUGAGAAGUUUGCUGAUACAACGGAAGCUUUGGCAGCGACAACUGCAGCUGUUGAAGGAAAAUUAUCGAAAAUUCUUAAAAAAGUUUUAAAAAAAUUUGUUGAUAAAGACGUCCAAGAAAAACUUUUAGUAGCUGAUAACAAAUUAGGUACUGCUAUUAAAGAAAAAUUUAGUUUGCAAUGUUUAUCAAACAGUCCAGUACAAGAACUUAUGAGAUGUAUACGUUCCCAAUUGGACAGCUUAAUAUCAGGGUUACCCAAAAAAGAAAACACCGCUAUGAUGUUGGGUUUAGCUCAUUCAUUAUCAAGAUACAAAUUAAAAUUUUCUCCUGAUAAAGUUGACACAAUGAUUGUUCAGGCUGUUUGUUUAUUAGAUGAUUUAGAUAAAGAAUUAAACAAUUACAUUAUGAGAUGUCGCGAAUGGUAUGGAUGGCAUUUUCCUGAAUUAGGAAAAAUUAUCACAGAUAACAUAGCUUAUGUAAAACUUGUUAAAGUUAUGGGAACACGAGAUAACGCUGCUAAAUCAGAUAUGUCUGAUAUCCUUCCAGAAGAAGUUGAAGAAAAAGUUAAAGAAGCAGCUGAAAUUUCAAUGGGGACCGAAAUUUCAGAAGAUGAUAUCAUUCAUAUUCAACAUUUAUGUGAUCAAGUAAUUGAUAUUUCAAAUUAUCGCGCUCAACUUUAUGAUUAUUUAAAAGGACGAAUGAUGGCAAUGGCGCCAAAUUUAACAGUUUUAGUUGGAGAACUUGUAGGGGCGCGUUUAAUAUCUCAUGCUGGAUCUUUAAUUAAUUUAGCUAAACACCCCGCUUCUACCGUACAAAUCAUAGGUGCGGAAAAAGCGCUUUUCCGCGCACUUAAAACCAAAAAAGAUACACCUAAAUACGGUUUAAUUUACCACGCCCAAUUAAUUGGUCAAGCAAGCACAAGAAAUAAAGGGAAAAUGUCAAGAAUGUUAGCUGCAAAAGCUUCCUUAGCAACUCGUGUUGACGCAUUAGGAGAAAGUACCGGUUUUGAUUUAGGUGUUGAACACAAAACUAAAUUAGAAUCAAGAUUAAGAUUCCUCGAAGAAGGAAAUAUAAAAAGAUUAAGUGGAACCGGAAAAGCAAAAGCUAAAUUUGAGAAAUAUCAUGGAGUAAGUGAAAUCAAACAAUAUCCUGUUGCUGCUGAUUCAACUUUACCAUCAAGUAGCAAAAGGAAGAGAGAUUCUGAUAAUAAACCAUUGAUUGAAGAAAUUAAAACUGAAGUUGAAGAAGAAACCACUGAAACUACAAAACAGAAAAAAAAGAAACUUAAAAAAGAAGUUAAAGAAGAAGAAGAGGUAGAAGUAAAACAGGAAGUUGAAGAACAAGGUGAAGGUAAAAAGAAGAAAAAGAGGAAGAAGCAGGAUGUUGAAGAAGUUGAGGUUAAGGAAGAAGUCCAAGAAGAAGAAGCUACUACACCUAGUAAAGGUGAAAAAAAGAAAAAGAAGAAGAAAGGACAGGAAGUAGGAGAAAGUUCUACUGCUGCUGUUGAAACUGAAGAGGUUGUUCAGGAAAGUUCUGAAAAGAAAAAGAAGAAGAAAAAGAAACAUAAGGAAGUUGUUGAACAGGAAUAGUUUUUCUUUGUUUAUAUCGAUUAAAAUGAUUAAAUAUAAAAUUUCUUUUUAUAUAAAACUUGUAAUGUAAUGUGAAUUACAUUAUUUAGACGGUUAAGAAAAUACAUUUGAUAAAGUUUUAUUUUAAUUUUUUCAGAAAUAAAAACAAUUUUUUGUUUGAA